AUGUUCGACGUCCUCGUUGUCGGCGCAGGCCUCAGCGGUCUGCAGGCUGCUCAAUCCGCCCAGCAGGCCGGUCUCUCGGUCGCUGUGAUCGAAGCUCGCGAGCGCACCGGCGGCAAGAUCUGGAGUGUUCCUCUUGCUUCUGGUCGCGGCUUCGCUGACCUCGGCGGUGCCUGGAUCAAUACCACUCUGCAGCCGCGCGUUGGCGCAUACGUGAAGCGCUUCGGGUUGAGGACGGUGCAGCAGAGACUCGAGGGACGUGCAGUAAUGCAGGAGGGGCCUGGCAAGAGGUUCGAGUUUCCGUUUGGCGUUACGCCUGAUUUCACACCGGAGGAAAAGAAGAGCUUAGAAGCUGUCCGCGAUCACAUCCAGGCCGAGUCACUGAAGCCUGGGUCUUCUCCCACGGUCGCCGACGACAAUAUCACUCUGGACCAGUAUGUGCGGAAUCUGGGCGCGCUGCCCAACGUCGUGAAGAUGGUCAAUCUCUGGGCCGAAGUCAUGCACGGUCUCGAAGCGACAGAAUACUCAGCUGCCUGGUUCAUCGACUACUGCCGUCGCAACAAGGGACUGUUGGCUAUUCGCGCCGACGACGCCAGUGGUGGCCAGCAUUUGCGGUUCGCGGACGGCGCCCAAUCCCUCCCAAGCAACAUUGCCAACCUCGUCGGCGCAAGCAACAUCCACCUCUCGUCCGCCGUCGCCUCCAUCGUCGACCACGGCGACCACAUCGCAGUCACAACAACAAGCGGCAAAGUCUUCGCCGGCCGCAAGUGCAUCCUGUCCAUCCCAAGCACCAUGUACAAGGAACUCAACAUCCAGCCGUCCCUGCCGCAGCCCGUGCAGGAAGUCACAAACGCCACUGUGCUCGGCGACUACAACAAAGCCAUCGUGUGCUAUGACCGGCCAUGGUGGCGCGAGGAGGGGUUCAACGGCUACUUUGCUAGCUACCAGGGCCCUGUUAUCCUUGCAAGAGAUACGAGUGUUGAAGAGAGCAAGCACUACUCGCUUACCUGCUUCGUGAAUGGCAAGCCUGGUCGCGAGUGGGGCAAGUUGAGACCCCAUGAGCGCAGGGCUGUGGUGCUGAAGCAGAUUGCGGGUAUCUUUAAGCAGGGCCUUGACGGUGAAGCCUACAAGCCUAUUGAGGUCUUCGACCAGGUCUGGCAGCACGAGACGUUUAGUCGGGGUGCGCUGGCGCCGAUUACCGCCGUGGGCCAUAUGACCAAGUUUGCGUAUGUGUAUGGAAAGCCGGUGGGCAAUCUGCAUUUUGUUGGCACUGAGUAUAGUAAUGAGUGGAGGGGAUAUAUGGAGGGCGCCCUCUGUUCGGGCGAGAUUGGGGCUGCAGAGGUCGCGAGGGCGUUGAAGAAGGAUGGCCGGGCUAAUCUGUAG